GUUGACUUUUAAGGGAGAUCAACUUAUCAGGAGGAGGUCUGAAGGAAAGGUGAGUUACAGGUGAUAAGAAAUGAGAGUGAUGAUGCCCUGGUUGCUGCUGCUCCUUCUCCUGGUCAGCUGCGGCUCACCUGCACCCAGGUUUUCGGAAAAAGAUAUCUGCCUCCUAGACAACAAUAAAUUAAGACAAAGGUUAAAUCAUCUUCAAGACUUGCUUUACUUGUAUGAACUGCAACUGAAGGACAUCCUGGAGAACACUUACCACAGAACAAAAAGUGGGCUGUUCUCAGGCAACAGGAGCGUGCAGCAUGAGAUGCUUUUACCCACAACCAGUGGAAAUUUGAUAGUCUAUGACCAAGAUUGCUCCGCGGUGUAUAAUCGGAAGAAGACCAAAAAUGGCUACUACCGGAUCAGGCCCAGAGCAGACCGAGAGCCGUUCCUGGCAUAUUGUGACAUGUCUGAUGGCGGGGGGUGGACUGUCAUUCAGCGGCGGAGUAAUGGCAAGGAGAAUUUCAACAGGAAAUGGGAUGAUUACAAACUGGGAUUUGGGAAAUUCCAGGGCAAGAAUGAUGAAUACUGGCUGGGCAACGACCACAUCUAUGACCUGCUCGCUAGAGGAGAGAGCUCAUUAAAGAUUGACCUGAUGGACUGGCAUGGGGAAAGACGUUACGCAAUCUAUGAAAAUUUCCAGCUUGCAAAUGAGCAGGACAAUUACAGGUUGUGGUUUGGCACCUAUUCUGGUAACGCUGGCGACGCUCUGUCUGGUGGGAGCAAUUUUGAAGUUCAGUGGUCAGCCUCUCACAGAGGGAUGCAGUUCACCACAUCUGACAAGGAUCACGAUCGAUUCCUGGCAGGCAACUGUGCAUCAGAGAACGAGGGUGGAUGGUGGUUUAACAGGUGCCAUGCCGUAAACCUCAAUGGACGAUACUACAGAACAGGAAGGUACAAGGGAUCCCAUGACAAUGGCAUAGUUUGGUCUACGUGGCAUGGGAUGUGGUACUCACUAAAAUACUCAGCCAUGAAAAUCAGGGCUCCAUUCUUCGUUGACAGUGAAAGUGGAGAUGGUGAGAACAGUCAGGGCAGCUGA